GGGGGGGAAUACAUGAUGCAGUUCCUGAAGGUUGUAUGCAAGUACAAAGAGUAUCAAAGUUCGUGAAAAAUGAACAUUGCAAAGAACUGUGGAUUGUAAAACACUUCAUCAAAAUAAUCUUACAAUUCUAUUUUCCUGAAUCCCGUUCUGCUUCCAGAAGUGGAAGUGCUCACGGAUCGGGGAAAUCUGCAAGGCAUACCCCUGCAAGGUCUCGCUCCAAGGAAGAUUCCAGGCGUUCCAGAUCAAAGUCCAGGUCCAGAUCUGAAUCUAGGUCUAGAUCCAGAAGAAGCUCUCGAAGGCACUAUACUCGGUCACGGUCACGAUCUCGCUCCCAUAGGCGAUCCCGUAGCAGAUCUUAUAGUCGAGAUUAUCGCAGGAGACACAGUCACAGUCACUCUCCCAUGUCUACUCGCAGGCGCCAUGUUGGGAACCGGGCAAAUCCUGAUCCCAACUGUUGUCUUGGAGUAUUUGGGUUGAGCUUAUACACCACCGAAAGAGAUCUAAGAGAAGUAUUCUCUAAAUAUGGCCCCAUUGCUGAUGUGUCUAUUGUGUAUGACCAGCAGUCUAGGCGUUCGAGAGGAUUUGCCUUUGUAUAUUUUGAAAAUGUAGAUGAUGCCAAGGAAGCUAAAGAGCGUGCCAAUGGAAUGGAGCUUGAUGGGCGUAGGAUCAGAGUUGAUUUCUCUAUAACAAAAAGACCACAUACUCCAACACCAGGAAUUUACAUGGGGAGACCUACCUAUGGCAGCUCACGCCGUCGGGAUUAUUAUGACAGAGGAUAUGAUCGAGGCUAUGAUGACCGGGACUACUAUAGCAGAUCAUACAGAGGAGGUGGUGGAGGAGGAGGAGGAUGGAGAGCUGCUCAAGACAGGGAUCAGAUUUAUAGAAGGCGGUCACCUUCUCCUUACUACAGUCGUGGAGGAUACAGAUCUCGUUCCAGAUCAAGAUCUUACUCUCCUCGUCGCUAUUAAAGCAUGAAGUUGAAGACUUUCUGAAACCUGCCCUAGAGCUGGGAUAUUGUUUGUGGACAAUAUUUUUUAUUGUCUCCUGUUUAAAAAGUGAACAAUGCCUAGUGAAGUUAGGUGACUUUUACACCUUUUAUGAUGACUACUUUCGGUGGAGUUGAAUUCUGCAUUUGUGUAGUUUGGUGCUUUAUUCAAAGUUAAGUGUUUUCAGAAAAGUAUGUUUUGCAUGUAUUUUUUUACAGUCUAAAUUUUGACUGCUGAGAAGUUUCUAUUAUACAAAACUUCCUUUAAAAGGUUUUUCUACUGAAUCCAGGGUAUUCUGAAGAUCGAAGCCUGUGUGUAAAAUGCUACCAAAUGGCAAAAAGCAACAAUAAACAGUUUGAUUUUUACUUUCCUUUCUAACAUAUCAAUGCUUAGCAGAACUGUUCAGAUUAAGUUGUCAGUAGUAAAUUGAAAGACAAAAUGCCCAUUUUCCUCCAAUCCAUGAAACAUGCCAUACUAAAUAUACCUGCAACUGAGUGUUAAAGAUUAUGCUCUGUAACUCUGUACUGCUAGUAUUAGAACUAAAAAUUUUUCAAUACAGCAAAUGCUUACUGCUCUAUAAAAAUGUGGAUUUGUCAGCUUUUAUGUAAUCUGUAUUAUAUAUAGCAGGGAAUAAGAAAAGAGUUACACAGUGUAUGCCUUAAAGAGGCUAUUUCUUAAGCUGUUACAAGGGGAUAAUGGUAUUUCAACUAGUAAUCAGCACGUGACAAUACAUUCCACCACAGAUGUACUCUUGUUCUUCUAGUUUUUAGAAUAUGGAAAAACUGGGUGCUUCAGAGUUGAAGAUAGAGAAGGGAACACUACACCUGUGUCAUGGAUAAACUGAAGACUUUGCCUGUUCAUUUUUUAAAUAUUAUUUUCAGGUCCUUUGCUUACCAAAGGAUGUCCAAUUUCACUCAAAUGUUUUGAGAAUUGUGUUUAAAUAAACGCAAAUGAAAAGAGAGAAAA